AUGCCUGAGUGGGAGCUUCAUCCUGAUUUGCCGAGACUGCCGUUUGGCAUGACCGCUCAGCAAUCGGGCUACCUACCUCACGUUAGGCAGCCACUUGAUGCUAGGCCUUCUUCGGAGCGCAAUCGCUUGCGGCGCAAGCGUUCUGUAUCUUCAAUGCGGUGGCCUCAAGCCGAUGCAGCCAUACCCGACAUUGAAAAGGAGAUACAAGAGCUCAACAACAUUGUCGAAGAGCGGAGGCGUAAAUCGUUCAACAAUACCGGGUCACCGCACGUCGCUGCUAUUGCGCCUCAUAUGCCCUUACGGGCACGGUCCGAGACACUAAGCGAUAUCGGUUCGGCGUUGGCACGAACCGUCCCUGCACGAUCCGCACCAACAAAGGAAAUUCUAGAAACAUGUCCGGGUGUAGAAAGGGCGAGAACUCGGCCGACGUUACGCACACCGUCUGGAACAAGCUCGCGGAUCUCGGGGUGGCUUUCUGGGCUCGUAGUGAUGCCAACGGCGCAUACACCGAGCAAGGAGCCAGAGCCUUUCUACAAGUGCAGACCGCCAGUGCGACAGCGAGCCUACUCUGAGGCUUCACUAUCUUCGGACACAUCAGACGCUGAACCGCCCUCGCUUACCGUUGCGUCUUCUCCGACCACGAAGGGCCACAGUCGCUCGCUUACCGCAGAAUCCCGCUUGACACCGCUUUUCCCGCCGAUUGACACCGACGCGCUCGACACGAAGACGGCUUCCGAGCAGGCUUGGCCGACCGUCAUCCAUCCGAGUCAAGUAGGCUUAGCGCUAUGA